GUGAUCGUUUCCUUUGAACAGUUCAAUCACCACUGGUGUGUAACGGUAGCAUCCAUCAUGAAGGUGUUCGUUGUGUUGUCUAUGGCUCUGGCCGUUGCUUCAUGUGCGGCAGUUGACGAUUCCUCCAGCAAGAAGGACAAACGUGGUCUGUGGGAGCUGGGAUACGACCAUGACUUGCAUGGAUUCGAUCAUCAUCAUGACGACCAUCAUGAAGUGAAGCACGUAACCAUCACCAAGAAGGUCCCGGUCCCGUACCCUGUUGAAGUCGAGAAACACGUCCCGGUUCCUGUGAAGGUUCCAUACCCAGUUCACGUAGAGAAGAAGGUCCCAGUCUACGUGGAAAAGAAGGUGCCCGUGUAUGUCGAGAAGGAGGUCCCAGUCCACGUAGACCGCCCCGUCCCGUACCCAGUCGAAGUGAAGGUUCCCGUUGUUCACAAGGAAUACGUCGAAGUGCCGAAACCGUACCCAGUUCAUGUUGAGAAGCACGUUCCAGUGGUCGUGCACAAGCCAGUCUACGUCGAGAAGCAUGUCCCAGUGACCGUAACCAUCAAGAAGAAGACUCACUGGCAUUAAACUGGGAACUUAGUUGUUGUUGUUGAAUAAACGGAUUUUGUACUGGAAUCAUGUUUUGAUGGUUUUAUUAAACAGUUUAAAUUUCGAAACACCGUCAAAGCCACAAGAUAAGAUGAACAUCUUCGAGCCAUAACGAUUGACGCUUCAGGACAGAAGCAAUAAACGCAAAUAAAGGCAUUUUGUAUAUAUGGAAAAUUAAGCCAAAAGGGAGGUUCUAUCCUCUGGGGCGUUUUUCGCACACCAUAGCCAAGGUGGCCAAGGUGAACCAAAGGCACGAAACGCACCAGAAACAGCAACCAAAAAGUCAUAAAAAGAGCAAAAUAAAUUACAUUUUAUGGCUAUUCUCCUGGUUUUCCACAACAGCCAUCAGUCUGGAUGAGGCUAGAAGAUCCGACCCAACUUUACAG